CAUUGUCCCGAGGAGAUUCUGCGCCAGUUCACCAGAGGAUUUUGGAGCGGGGUGUCAGAGGUCACCAGGACUCUACAGACCCUAAGGCAGAUUAUAUAUCAGCUCGUAUUACCAUAGGAAGCCCCUCCAGGAAGUGUCGGACCCCUGUGUGUUCUCAGGACUGUAGCACCCAGGAGCCCCAGGCCGUGCCGCCGGAGGAUGGGAGGUUUCACCAGCAGUGCAAGGAGGAGGAAGAUGCGGCCAUUCCUGAUGACAUUGGGUCAGGUGGAGACGAUUCUACAGACCCCCCGGAGCGAUGCCCGAUCCCUGUGAGAUGUGAAGAGUCAUCGGAGGAGGACAAUGAGACGAUGACCCAGGACUAUCGGCCCGAUGUCGGGGACGCGAUAUUUCAUCCGCCGUGUAAGGAGGAGGUCGGCUCUGAUUAUUCAGGUGCGGCCGUCUCCUCGCUGGAUGCGGUGGUCAUCCGUCAGUGCUCGCAGGCCCAAGAACAUUUCCCCAAUCACUCGGACCCGGUUGCCUUCCAGAAAUCUCCCUAUACAGGUGACCUCUUCUCCUGCUCCACCUGCGGCAUCCGCUUCAGUUCGGAGACGACUUUCGCCGCCCACCAGCGAUUCCACGCGGAGGAGAAAUCCCACGACUGCACCUAUUGCGGCAAAUCGUUCAACCAGCGCUCGCGUCUCCUGUCACACAAGAGGAAGCACACGGGGGAGAAGCCGUUCUCGUGCCCGGUGUGCGGGAGAUGUUUUGCAGAGAGGUCCGCCCUGGUGACCCAUCAGCGGAUCCAUUCCGGGGAGAAACCUUUCAACUGCACGGAGUGCGCCCGGAGCUUCGUCCAGAGAUCCAGCCUGGUAAAGCACCAGCGCAUUCACACCGGCGAGAGGCCCUUCGUGUGUUCUCAGUGCGGACGCUGCUUCUCUCAGAGCUCCAACCUCGUCCGACACCAAAGAAUACUCCACCAGUUCUUAUAGACAACUCCUGCCCCGACCUUCUCUUAUUUAUAAGGCUCCUCCUCUUUGUGUCUCUGCUCAAUGGAAGGAACCAACAUGAGGCUCCUCCUGUUUAUGUCUCUGCCCAAUAUAAGGAUCCACCAUGAGGCUCCUCCUGUUUGUCUCUGCCCAAUAUAUGGAACCACCAUGAGGCUCCUCCCGUUUGUGUCUCUGCCCAAUAUAAAGAAACCACCAUGAGGCUCCUCCCGUUUGUGUCUCUGCCCAAUAUAAGGAUCCACCAUGAGGCUCCUCCUGUUUAUGUCUGUGCCCAAUAUAAGGAACAACCAUGAUGCUCCUCCUAUUUAUAUCUCUGCCCAAUAUAAGGAACCACCAUGAGGCUCCUCCUGUCUAUAUCUCUGCCCAAUAUAAGGAUCCACCAUGAGGCUCCUCCUGUUUAUGUCUGUGCCCAAUAUAAGGAACAACCAUGAUGCUCCUCCUGUUUAUAUCUCUGCCCAAUAUAAGGAACCACCAUGAGGCUCCUCCUGUUUAUGUUUCUGCCCAAUAUAAGGAACCACCAUGAGGCUCCUCCUGUUUUGUCUCUGCCCAAUAUAAGAAACCACCAUGAGGCUCCUCCUGUUUGUGUCUCUGCCCAAUAUAAGGAACCACCAUGAGGCUCCUCCUGUUUGUGUCUCUGCCCAAUAUAAGGAACCACCAUGAGGCUCCUCCUGUUUGUGUCUCUGCCCAAUAUAAGGAACCACCAUGAUGCUCCUCCUGUUUGUGUCUCUGCCCAAUAUAAGGAACCACCAUGAUACUCCUCCUGUUUGUCUCUGCCCAAUAUAAGGAACCACCAUGAUACGCCUCCUGUUUGUGUCUCUGCCCAAUGGAAGAAACCAAAUUUUUUGAGGGGGGUGGAUAAAUGAAGUAAAUCAGUGCAUGAAUUGCGCCGUCAAUGUCUUGGACACGAAGACGAAAAUGUUUGACCAUCAGUUGCCGAACCUUCCCAAAUACUCCAGACCCCACGUGACUGUAAAAAAAACCUAAACAAAUAUGGAUGAUCGGUCCACUUCAGAUAAUGGGAGAUGGGUAUAGAUAGGUGUUUUCCAACCAGUGUACCUCCAGCUGUUGCAAAACUACACCUCCCAGCAUG